AUGUUGAAUAUGAUCAAUGAAUGGGGAGAUACGCUUAUCCGCAGUAUUCGUCAACAUGUAAAUAAGCAAACUUAUCGUCUUGAGCAAGAAUAUGACAAUGAAGUAGAUUAUUUGAAACAACAAAAUCAGCUAUUUAUUAAUGAACUAUAUAUACGCGAGCAAACGAAUACGACUGAACAAAUUGAUCAAUUACUUGAUCGUUGUAAGGCUUUAAAAUUUGAAUUAGCUGCACUAGAAUAUAAUCAACAACCUAUUCAAUUGAUUCAAGUAACACGGCGAGAAUCAGUGAAUAUUAAGCUAGAUGAAUUCAAUAUAAUCGAACGUAGAAACAAGAAUUUGGGACAAAACUCACUAGUAGAUAAUAAGCGUGAAGUAGAAUAUGCUGAAGAUGCUUAUAGAAACUCAUAUUCGACAACAACAUUUGCAAAUACUCAACAAACAGAUACAAACCCAUCGACGAUGAAUCUUGUGAACGUGUACAAAUGUCCGACGAGUAAUGACAAUGGUCAAAAUUUUGUUGAUGAGAGAGAUUAUGAUUUACUUGAAAAAUGUCCUACAUGUUUUAUGAUAUUUCCACAAAGUAUGGCCGCAUAUGAUCGAUCUCGACAUGUUCAAGAACAUUAUACAGAUGAUUGA